AUGGGUGACAACGGUGACUUCGACUGGUCAGCCUGGUUAAUUCCUGAUCACGACACGGACCAACUCUUAGACUUCCAACAGAGUAAUGAUCCUUCAGCAACACAACAGCCCGCCAUCACCAAUUCAUUGUAUGACUACUCAGCACAGCCGGUGGAUCAAACUCCACAUCAACUUCCAGACUCCCAACCAAGCAACGGCUAUUCAGUACCGCACCAACACAUCACGACCAGCGCAUUCUUUGACUUCUCAGCACAGUCUAUGGAUCAAGCACUGCCAGACUCCCAACCGAGCCAUGGUCAUGUAGCACCACAUCAAUCCACCAUGAACAACGCGUCCUAUGGCAACUCAGCGCAGCCAGCGAGUCAAGCACAGAAUCAACCUACAACGAACAAUACGGUCUCCGACUCCAAUGCCUAUCUGGACAAUCCGACCACGCUCGACUUCUACGAUUUCUCGGCGCAGCCGACAGGUCCAGCGCCGCAACAAGCCACGAUGUCCGACGCAGUCUACAAUUUCACACCCGAGUUGACGAAUCCAAUAUCAACCCACCCUACUAUGACCGAUCCCAUGUACAACUUCCAAGUAGCGCAGCCAACAUAUCCAGUUGCACCUUCAGAUCCCCAACUCCCGUCAUUCGCACAAGCCGACGCCAACUCCACAGCGCUUCCAAAUCACCCAGCAGCCUCUUUGCCAAAUCCUAACUCACUGCUCCCCCGCGGCGAGCCCACACCAACCGCGACCCCGCCAGUGCCGUCUCCGAAGGCCCCAGAGCUCGGGGUCCAUUUCCUGACACCACGCUUACCUUCGCCCACACCAACCACGACCCCCUCAGCGCCCUCGUCGAGAUAUCCAACGCUCUUGCCUGGACCCCCACCGUCCUCGUCAAACGCAGCGAGGCGCUCGUCCCAAAACUCAGAGCUCAGGAACCAACCACCAGCAUCACGCCAACCCCGCCCCCCUUCCCCCAAAUCGAACCCCUACCGCAUCGACAUGCUCCUCAAUCGCCAAGCAAGUGUGGAACAGCGCAUAUUCUCCCUCGAGGUGAGCAUCGGACGCCUCGAGGCCAAACAGGCCGCGCAAUGGGUCACUUUCGAAGCCGACCGAAUGCGCAUCGAGAACGGUGAGAAUCUGCAGUGGGAUCUGAAGUUGCAUUGGAGCGGGCUGGAGGAAACAAAGGUGUGUAGCUGACAAGUGCCGCGUACAAAUGUCGGAUGGACGGCAGUGCUGCAGGCCAGCGCAAAGUAACCUUGGAAGAGAGUGAAAGGUAGGCGUGGUGUUGACAGUGACACAGACGCAGCUGCGCUUCAAGCAAGACACGUUGGCCUACUUGUUCCGCGAGCGGUGGGUCACGACGGAAGGAAUAGCGCAAGAGCGGGAUCUGAUGGUGAGGCAGGAGCGGGAGAGGGAACGGAAGGCUCUACGGCCGUGGGCAAGAUAGUUUGCACGGAGGUUGUGGACGGGGUGGGUGUUGGAGUAGGACAUUAUUGGAAUUGGAUUCUGGAGAAGCAGGGUUGAAUUAGCUCAUGCCAUUACUUCGGACAACAGCGCGGUUUUCCAGUACCAUUGUAGCUGAGAAACGUACUGUACUGUAGCUUCCUAUGAAGCUACGUGACUGCAUUGUCCACG